AUGAGAGUCGAAUUUUCGCGGUUCACUGUUUUUAGAGUAAUAUUCAUGUUUUUAGAACGUUUUAAAGUACAAAUAAAUAUCCAAGAAAAUAAUCUGAACUCUUUAAUUGAUAAUAAUUUACCUGUCAAUUCGGAUAAUUUGUAUAAUUUACCUGCCAAUUCGGAUAACAGGAAUAAUUUACUGAAAAAUUCAAAUAGUUUGUCUGAAAAUUCGAAUAAUUCAGAUAGUUUAAUAAAGUGCUGCUGUGGAAAGUUUUGUAAAGGACGGACAGGAUUAAUAAUGCAUAAAAGAUCAUGCCAAACGUCCAAGCUUCUGUAUUUUCAUCCAGUGGUUGACAAAGAGUCUGCCUCGACGACUGCAACGCUCAACAACGCUCAAAAAUCGCCAUCGACAUCGACAACAGAAGAUGCUUUCACAUCUACAACUUUAAACAGCGUUCGUCUACCAAUGCCGCCAUCGUCGUCGUCAGGUGUGGCCACUUCCUCAAUUACAGAACUCAACAAAGUCCACCGGUCGCCACCGCCGUUGUCACCUAAUGAGGCUACUUCUGAGUUUAAGCAAAUCAACAGCAUACAACAACCAACACAGUCGUCGUCGCCAGUGGAGGCCCACACUGCUCCAUCCGCCAGACUCCUGCCAGGUAUAAAACUUCCCCGUACAAGACGAGAUUGGGAAGAGGCAAACGCAUAUUUCCAUGCUGAGUUAAAUUCAGUUCAACAAUUUAAUUUACAAAUAUUUUGA